UUUCAAAUUUUCUGGAAAGGUGUACGUCCCGUCCACGAAGAUUGUCACGCUUUCCUUUUAUUUUAAUUUGUUACCUUUUCAUAAGGAAACAAUUAAUUUUAUUUAUAUUUUUGUAUUAAGUAGCUCUAAAGUUUAAGUAUAAACUACCAAAAUGAGUACGAUAUUGGAGAAAAUUGCGGCUAUAGAGUCCGAGAUGGCUCGAACGCAAAAAAAUAAAGCGACAGCGUUGCAUUUGGGUUUACUCAAGGCCAGGCUCGCUAAAUUGAGACGUGAACUGAUCACCCCCAAGGGUGGCGGCGGCGCUACCGGUGAAGGUUUCGACGUCGCUAAAACUGGUGACGCGCGUAUCGGAUUCGUGGGCUUCCCAUCAGUGGGCAAGUCUACAUUGCUGUCCAACCUUGCCGGAGUAUACUCUGAGGUGGCAGCGUACGAGUUCACUACGCUCACUACCGUGCCCGGCUGUAUUAAAUACAAGGGGGCUAAGAUACAGCUUCUCGAUCUCCCCGGUAUCAUCGAAGGCGCGAAGGACGGCAAAGGUCGUGGUCGCCAGGUCAUCGCCGUCGCCCGCACCUGCAGUCUGGUGUUCAUAGUGCUGGACGUGCUGAAACCUCUCCAGCACAAGAAACUGCUGGAACACGAGCUGGAGGGCUUCGGGCUGCGGCUCAACAAGCAGCCGCCGAAUAUAUACUUUAGGAAGAAAGAUAAAGGAGGAAUCAAUUUGAAUACUACCUGCCCACAAUCCGAGCUCGACAUAGAAGCAGUGAAAACCAUCCUCUCUGAGUACAAGAUACACAAUGCGGACAUAACGCUCCGCUACGAUGCGACCAGCGACGAUUUCAUUGACGUCAUCGAAGGCAAUAGGAUAUAUGUGCCUUGCAUCUAUCUGCUCAACAAGAUCGAUCAAAUCAGCAUAGAAGAGUUGGACGUCAUCUACAAAAUCCCCCACUGUGUGCCCAUCUCGGCCCACCACAGGUGGAACUUCGACGACUUACUCGAGAAGAUGUGGGAGUACCUCAAACUCAUCAGGAUAUACACGAAGCCCAAAGGCCAGCUGCCGGACUACAACGCGCCCGUGGUCCUGCACGCCGACAGAACGUCUGUCGAAGACUUCUGCAACAAGCUGCAUAGGUCCAUUGUGAAGGAAUUCAAAUACGCCCUCGUGUGGGGUUCAUCAGUGAAGCAUCAGCCGCAGAAGGUCGGCAUUGAGCACAUCCUAGCCGACGAAGAUGUUGUACAAAUCGUCAAGAAAGUAUAGACCGUACCAUCAACCCUUAACCCCCCACACUAGCGUCUCCCGAGCGUCAGCGUCUACUCAACUCUAUGGCUGCUGCUCGACGCAACGUUGGCGCAACUGCGCAGCGACGCCAUUUUCCAUAGCGCUGACUAUAGUUCGUUUUUUUUAGCAUUAGAAAUAAGGUAAACAAACCUAGGGAGGUCAGGGAGAAGACUGCAAGUGGCUAUCGAACUCCCGACCGAGACUUGAGACUAGCCAAAGGACAGAGGUGUACCUAUCGCUAAGGCAGUCGCUAGCUAAGUCAUCUGAUGCGGCGCGGACUGCGGCUUUUAUUCGGUCCGGUCGGCGAUCGUCGUGCGCGCUCGGUGCUCCUCGGUGGCUGGCCGGUGUGACGCAGUACCGUGCGAGCGAGAAAGUAUUCGAGCCCGCGCGCCGUGAGAAUUAGUAUUGUUACAUUCUCCCCCUCUGGUACUCGGUAACGUCCCGUGAGAGUACCAGGAUCAGUAUUGUUAUAGAUGUAUAUUUUAAUUGGAAAACACAUUUUAAAAAUAAGUUACGGCAAAUAUGUAACAAUUAUGAAUCUAAUACGAUCAUUUAUAUUCUUGUGCUUUCAUAGGUAAUAGUUUUUGAUUUUUAAAAAGCGUUUUUUAAUUAAAAGACAUGUCAAGAUCGCUUACCUUCUUGCAAGUUCUUUCUGAUGCUAAAAAAACGAACUAUAGACGCCGACGCUCUAAUGACUCUAGCGUGGGGUGGCUCUUACAUUGGAUGCGGACCCGCAUACUGCCGGUGACUUAAUAAACUUCAUUGCAAGAUAUUAAAGUCAGCUAAGUAUAAGUGUAAAGUAUCGUUGACGUAGUUAACUGAUCAAAAGUAGACCAUAUUGCAACCAAAUAGAGUACACUAUUGAUCAGUUAAAUUUGUUUUCAAAGGACAGAGUUAUAUAUUUUUGUGAGACCAGAACGAAACGCAAAGAUGGAAUAUUGAGUGUCUAAAAAUAUUGUUGAACCUUAAAAAUAUCCAAAAAUUCUAAAAUAUGACAGCUAAAGUAGAUGGCGCCAUAGAUUCAUUUUGUAAUAGGUAAUUGGAUUGUCAAAUAUUAUAAUGACAAUUUAGUAGGUACCCCAAUUUGUCUUACGUAAGUGAACAACUCGCGUACGCGACGCGGCGCGGCGCG